UACAAAGUGAGCCUCUGUGCUCCGCUCACAACAGACCUGCUCCUCUUUCAUACAGACUCACAGACACAGGAUGCGUUUACUGUGCAGUUUGGGUCUCUUUGUGACGCUGCUGCAUGUGUCCACCUCUCUGCUGCUGGGAGCCUUCAACAUCAAGUCAUAUGGAGACAAGAAAGCGUCCAACAGCACUCUCAUGAACCUCAUCAGCACGAUUGUCCAUCGCUAUGACAUCAUCUUGAUCCAGGAGGUCAGAGACAACGAUCUGUCAGCGACCAAAAAACUCAUGGAGCAUGUCAACAAAGGUUCUCCUCGGGUCAGGUACAGCCACAUCGUGAGUGAGCCUCUGGGCCGCAGCUCCUAUAAAGAGCGUUAUCUGUUCCUCUACAGAGAGGACACAGUGUCUGUGACUAACAGCUACACCUAUGACGACGGCUGUGAACCCUGUGGCACGGACACCUUCAUCAGAGAGCCUUUUGUCGUCAUGUUCUCCUCCAAUCACACUGCUGUGAGGAACUUUGCCCUGAUCCCUCAGCACACCUCCCCAGACUUUGCACUGGAGGAAACGGAUGCUCUCUAUGACGUGGUGGACGACGUCCGCUCUCGCUGGAACACAAAUGACAUCAUUCUGCUGGGUGACUUCAACACAGGGUGCAAUUAUGUAUCAGGCUCCGACUGGCAGAAGAUUCGUCUUUUCACUGACAAGAGUUUCCACUGGCUGAUCACCAAUGAGGCUGACACCACAGUGUCACACACCAACUGUCCUUAUGACAGGAUUGUGGCCACCAGUGACAUGAUGAGGGGAGUAGAACCAAGCAGUGCUGACAUAUACGACUACAUGAUGGACCUGAAUCUCAGCUACAAUCUGGCACUGGCUGUCAGUGACCAUUUCCCCGUGGAGGUGAGGCUGCUUUGACAGGACUGCUGCGGUCCGACUAACUACAAAACAAACAAAUCU